AUGGCAAGGGAUCACGAUGAGCGGUCCCCGCUACUCCAGAACCGCCAGCACGGCGGGGAGGAAGAGGAAGAGCGCGAGCUCCUGAAGUUCUCUGAGAGCGACGACGAGAACCCACGAGCAUGGCCCAAAUCCAAGAAGCUGGCCAAUGUCGGCAUCGUUGCGCUAAUGUCAAUCCUGAGCCCUCUAGCAAGCUCGAUGUUCACGCCUGGUAUGCGGCAGAUUGCAGAAUGCUUUGACACAGACCUCAACGCCGUGAUUGGCGCGACGACCGGCUUCGUGGUCAUGCUGGGCAUUGGCCCUCUCGUAUUCGCCCCACUAUCAGAGACGUUCGGCCGCAGAAAGCUAUACCUGUGGUGCUUCGGGAUCUUCUCGCUCCUACAGAUACCCACCGCGCUCAGCCCCAAUAUCGGGGCUCUCAUCGCCGUCCGUACUAUAUCUGGAUUCUUUGGUAGCAUUGGCAUAGCAAAUGGCGGAGGCACGAUCUCCGAUAUGUUUGCACCGGAAGAAAGGGCCAGCGUUUUUGGUUGGUACCUACUGGGACCGCUCCUCGGACCAACUCUAGGGCCGCUGUUCGGGGGCAUCAUCGUGCAACGUCUCGGCUGGCGGUGGAUCUUCUGGGUCCUCACCAUCAUAUGCGGCGUCAACACGCUAGUCGGCUACUUCUUCCUCAAGGAAACUUACGCGCCUGUUAUACUUGCCCAGCGGAAAGCUCGCUAUGAGCAAAGCGAAGAGAGCGGCGGCAAGAGGUAUAGCUACGAAGGCGAAGAUACUAGACCGCUCACGAGCAAGCUUACUACCUCUCUGAAACGGCCGGUCAAGAUCUUCAUGCAGCCUAUAGUCGCAGUCAUGUCAUUGUAUCAGGCUCUUUUGUUCAGCACCACCUACAGCUUGUACACCAAUUACGAAGACAUCUAUUCUGGAUCCUAUGGCUUCAAUACCGAGCAAGUGGGUUUGCUCUACCUAGGCCCGGGCUCCGGAUUCUUGAUCGCAGUGUGGUUCCUCGUCCCGAAGAUUGAUGUGGUCUACAACAAGCUGGCAAAGCGCAACGGGGGUAAAGCGAAGCCGGAGUAUCGGCUGCCCCUCGCGAACAUUGGAGCGGCUUUCAUCCCUAUAGCACUUUUCUGGUUUGCAUGGACCGUGGAGUACCGUGUUCACUGGGCCGCGUCAAUACUCAGCACGCCGUUUUAUGGCAUUGGCCAGGUCAUGAUUCUGAAUACGGUGCAGAAUUAUUACAUCGACUCUUUCGAGAAGUACGCGGCGUCGGCAAUAGCGGCAGGUGCAGUCUUCAGGUCGGUCGUGGGCGGCAUCGUGCCGCUGUUUGUGCCCACGCUAUUUGACAUGGUGGGAUACGGAUGGGGCAUCUCGGUGUUUGCAUUUUUGAGCCUUGCGCUUGCACCGGCACCGUUGUUGUUCUACUAUUAUGGUGGGAAGAUAAGGGAGAAGUUUACGGUGGAGUUGUAA